CUUCCCGCCCUGGGCAGCAUGAGUUAUUUCCUCUCUUACUGUAAAGCUCAUGGCGGCGCACUGCUCACCGGCUACCAGGCCCUGCGCGCCGAGGGCUUCCUGUGUGACGUGACGCUGGAGGCGGAGGGCAGCGAGUUCCCGGCCCACAGGUCGCUCCUGGCGUGUGCCAGCGACUACUUCAGGGCCCUGUUCAAGAGCCACACCCGGGAGUCCAGGGCAAGCGUGAUUCACCUGCACGUGCCGUCGGCGGCCGGCCUGCAGCGCCUGCUGGACUUCAUCUACACCGCCUGGCUGCCGCUCUCCAUGGACACGGUGGAAGACACGCUGGAGGCCGCCAGCUACCUGCAGGUGACCGAGGCACUGGGGCUGUGCGGCCGCUACCUGGAGCGCCAGCUGGCUCCCGACAACUGCUGCUUCGCCGCCAACGUGGCGGCGCGCUUCGGCCUGCUGCACACGUUGGGCGCCGCGGAGCGCUGUAUCGCGCGCCACCUGAGGGAGCUGCUGCUGCGGGGCGCCGGCCCCGCGGGGCUGCUGGAGCUGAACCCCACGUCGCUGAAGGCUCUGCUGGGUGCCCCCGACCUGGCGCGGGUGCCCGAGUCCUGGCUGCUGGGCCUGGCACUGGCCUGGCUGCGGCAGGAGCCUGAGGCCGAACGCCUGGCCCACUGCGCCUCGCUGCUCGAGCGCGUUCGCUUCGGCCUCGUCCCUGCCGACGUGCUGCGGCGCGUGUACUCGGGCUCUGGCCUCGACCUGCCCGCGCGGGUCAAGGGCCUCAUCAUCCAGGCCCUCAACUACCACCGGGCGCCCUCCCGCCAGCCGCUGUUGCAGGGCGAGCAGACCAGCGUCCGCAGUCCCCAGACCCGCAUCUUGCUGGUAGGGGGGCGCAGGGCUCGGGAGGCGGUGGCCGAGGAGGUCGUGGUCCCCCAGAGGGUAGCGAGGGGCAGGGGCGCCGCGCCGGAGCCCCAGGAGGAGGAGGAGGAGGAGGAGGAGGAGGAGCAGGUGGAAGAGGAGGAGGACUGGGAGCUCACCCAGGACGUGCUGGCCUUCGACGUGUACAACCACCGCUGGCGCAGUCUCACGCGGCUGCCUGCACCGCUCCUGGGGCACAGCGUGUGCACCGCAGGCAACUUCCUGUUCGUCCUGGGCGGGGAGAGCCCUCCGGAGGCCGCCUCCUCGCCGCCGGCAGAUGGCCCGCGGCCGGUCACGGCGGAGGUGCACCGCUACGACCCGCGCUUCCACGCUUGGACCGCGCUGCCCGCUAUGCGGGAAGCGCGGGCCCAUUUCUGGUGCGGCGCGGUGGGCGAGGGGCUGCUGGCCGUCGGGGGUCUGGGCGCGGACGGCCAGGCGCUGGCGUCCGUGGAGAUGUAUGACCUGCGCCGGGACCGCUGGACGGCGGCCGCGGCGCUGCCGCGGGCGCUGCACGGCCACGCGGGGGCCGUCGGGGACCGUGGCGUCGUGUACAUCUCUGGGGGCAAGGCGGGAAGCGGCGAGGGCGGCGCGAGCAGCCUCCGGGACGUGUACGCCCUGGGCCCCGGGGAGCGAGCGUGGAGCAAGAGGGCGCCCAUGAGCACCGCCCGCUUCGGGCACCACAUGGCCGUGCUGCGCGGCGCGGUGUUCGCCUUUCUGGGGCGCUAUGAGCCCUUCUCGGAGAUCGAACGCUAUGACCCCGGCACGGACCAGUGGACCCGGCUGCGACCGCUGCCCUACGAUCGCUUCUGCUACGGGCUGGCCGUGGUGGAGGAGACGGCGCUGCUGCUCGGCGGCCUCAAGUGGCGGGAGUCGAGGCAGGUGCCUACCCGCAACGUGGUGGGCUAUGACCUCGACCUGGACCGCUGGGAGGACAUUGGCUGCGCGCUCCCUUGGGCCUGGAGCGGCCUCCAGUGCGCGGUGCUGCAGCUGGCUGAGGGCGGGGACGAGGAGAGGGAGGGCGGGCGCGCAGGGGCGCCGGAUUUAGUGCUGGGCUUAAUGGGGUAGUGCGGUCUUCGGCGACGGAGGAGAGAAAGUCGCGCCUGGGCAGGCUUACGCAGUGACGCGUGGGCUUGCCCUAAGAACGGGACUGGGGGGGCAGAGCGGCUUCUGAAGUUUAAGGAUGCGCACGAGGCCUUGGUGCAAGAACAUUCCCCCUGAGCUGAGGACUUCUGGGACGGCUCAUGCUGGUCUAGAGGUGGACUUUUAAAAAUACUAUAUGACCCUGUUCUCCCCUCUGAUAGUUAAAGUGUUUCCCUAGGUGCUAACCAGUGAUUUCUUUUGUGCCAAACAAACAAGGCCAAAAAUGUGCUGCAAGAAGUUAUAUGCAAAACCCUGAAAAUUGUUAGCCAUAAGGGUUGUAAUAGUAGGAAAAGAUGGCAUUAUCUGAAUAAAUAGAGAAGGAAAGUGCCUUCAGUAAAUAGUGUGGAAUCAUUAUAAGGAGAACUAUGAUUUCAGGAUUCAGAACUAUGUAUGGUUCUGCCCUGAUGGCUUAAUAUAAAUGUGGAACUGAGAGGGGAAAAAAUCUCUAAGUUUUGUUUUGUUUUUGAGAAAGUGGCCUGCGUUAAGUUUUUCUGUCCCUCAUCCUUACCCCUAGCCUGCUUUUGCCCUGACUUUAGGCAGAUCAUUGGUUUUCAGUUUUAUUUCAGCAGUCCUUAGCCAUAAUAAUCAGGUUCUUCGGGUUAUGUGGAACAUCUAGCAAAACCCAAUCCUAUUUCUUUCAUCUUCUUUAAGAGUUCAUUAUGCAGACAUGCCAGUAGGUUAUAGUUGUAACACACACACACACACACACACACACACACACACACACACACUUUUGGCGGUCCCUUCCCCUCCCCAACCUCCCAAGAAUCAGCAGAAAGGAAAGAAGAGUAGGUGAAAUUUUCAAGUUUGUGUCAGCUAAACGGGAAAGGAGUUUGAUUUUGCAGGGUCUCAGAAAAGAUACUGGCACACACUGAACAGCUGCUGCUUCUGGCUUGUACUGCGGAUGGAGUGGCAAAGUUAGAGCUCCCCACUAGAGAAGGGAGUAGGGGGCGGUGGCUCUGUGAUUAGGUCUCAAAGAAAUGUGGUGAGGACUCUGUAUGAAUAAAGUAGGUGCUUUAUAAGGAUUCAUUAAGAGCUAAAUUUAUUUCACUUCAGUUUACAGUACUGCCUCUCUCCUAGAUUUGAAACUAAUGCAAUAAAAUGUACAGAUAAAUAUAGUGUUAAAAGGUCUCUUUCAUGCUAAGCUAAUCACGAGUCUUUUAAAAUUCAUUAGUUUAAUUUUUACCAUUUAAAACAACAGAGCUGACUUUACAAAAGUAAAAGCUGCUUUAGUAGUAACACAGCUAGUCUUUCCAUCAACUGCUCGUUGUUUACAGGGCAUAACCUUGCCGCUGUAUUCAUGACACAUCCAUCAGAUACAGAUAUUUUUAAAUGAAUGUACACAUUUGGUCUAGUAAACAUCAACAAGUCUAAACACCUGUAACAAGCACACUUCAUUUUAGGACAAGAGGUUUUGUUUUUUUUGUUGUUGUUGUUUUUACAUAUACAAAAUUCCACAAAUUUAAUGUACGUCAAUAUCCAUGCAGUAAAUAAAUGUUUUUACAAAUAGGUUUUUUUAAAUGAUAAAAAUAUUACACUAGACCCAAAAUUCCAUACAAACAUUAAUACAUGAUUUCUCAUCCAUUUUGACUAAAUAUAGGAUUACUGAAAAUGUGCUGUAGAAAGGCCACUCUCCUGUACAGUGUGCAAAGUCUGCAAAACGAUAGUGAUUCAAUGUUGGUUUCAAAAGCAAAGAAAAAGAUCCCUGCUGUGGAGCUUUUACUUUCUCCUCUACAGCAAAAAUAUUCACUGGCAUAUAUCUGAACUCUUAGAGAUGAAAGUACAUUCACUGAGCUGUACAGGCAACAGUAUAAAGCUGAUUAGAAGUAGAUUUUAGAAUAUAGAAUAGUAAAGGAGGGUCCCUUCCUCCUCCUAAAAAAAAACAGCAAAUUGUGACUUGUACGUUAUGCAGCCAGACACUAAAAAGCAGCACAGUCAUUAUCAUGCUGUGAUCACUUUCAAAAACGAGAUACUUAUAAAUGGAAAAUAUAUGAAGAGGACUUUUUCACAGACUUCAUCCACUCUAUAGAACAAUUCAUGAAGCUAGGAAAAACCUCUAUAAAUUCUUUCUCUCAUAUAAUUCAGUGUAAUAUAUUUCUGAAUGACCAUUAUCCUCUUGCUCCUCAGGAGAGAGGCACAUUUUUAUUUUUCAACAUUGUUUUCUGUAUUAGAACACACAUUGGCCUGUAUCUAAAUGUAUUUUAUUUUCCUGCCUUAAAUAUAAUUACAUAAGUGCAAUUAAUGGACUGGGGGAAAAUUGGAAACUAACUGGAAAGUUGAUUCAUUUCUGUUUAUCCCUUGUUUUUUAGUAGCUGGAGUUUAAAAACAUGAGUUGGGCUGAAAUUCUAUAUAUAUAUAUAUAUCUGUUAGCUGCCUUUCUGGGUGAAUUAGCUGUGUUUUACAAAAUCCACUCUCAAAUUCCUCUGUACACAAUCAGCAUUUCAUCACUACAAAAAUAAAGGAAGAUUUAAACCAA